AUGGAACAGGGCGGAGUGGUAUACGUUUUGUGGUCCGAUGUGUUCUCCCCGGAUAGCAAGGUCGCCCAUUUCAACCGUGUCGUCGACAGAAUCAAAAGCGAUCCAAAAUGCAUUGAAAUGCUAGGAGACCCAAAGAAAAUUUCCGCGCAUGGGGAGGAGACGAACAACAAGUGGCGGCGGGCUCGGCCGAUCGCGUACGUUCCCGGUGUUUCGGAAGAUGUCGAAGGGCCCCUCAACAAGGGCGUUGUUUACCUGCACAUGAUCAAGACGCCAAGCUCUGGCGAGUUUGAGUACAAAUACCUUUACAUUGAUGUAAGGGGCCAACAAAGAUAUUACCUGGAGAACGCGGAUACUGCGACAGGUUCCGGGAAGAAGGGUGUCAGGUUCCUCGGAAUUAACUGGGGCUAA